AUGCCCGAGGGAUUUACUAAGGUGUCAGAAGACGCCCACAGAUCGAAGGAUGCUAUCAUGCAGAACCCUUAUGGUCCAAACCCUGCGGAUUUCUUAUCAAAUGUGUCGAGCUUCCAGUUGAUCGAAUCGACCCUUAGAGAAGGAGAGCAGUUUGCCAAUGCAUUUUUUUCCACAGAGAAGAAGAUUGAGAUAGCCAAAGCGCUUGAUGAGUUUGGUGUCGACUAUAUCGAGUUAACUUCUCCCGUUGCGUCGGAGCAGUCGAGAAAAGACUGCGAGGCCAUUUGCAAGUUGGGGUUGAAGGCCAAGAUCUUGACCCAUAUUCGGUGUCAUAUGGACGAUGCUCGUGUUGCUGUGGAAACAGGUGUUGAUGGUGUUGAUGUUGUGAUUGGUACGUCGCAGUUUUUAAGACAGUACUCUCACGGUAAGGACAUGAACUACAUCGCCCAGUCUGCCGUGGAGGUGAUUGAGUUCGUCAAGUCUAAGGGCAUUGAGAUUCGUUUCUCUUCCGAGGACUCUUUCAGAUCGGACUUGGUCGAUUUGUUGAACAUCUAUAAGACUGUUGAUAAGAUCGGCGUCAACAGAGUCGGUAUUGCCGACACCGUCGGUUGCGCCAACCCUAGACAAGUGUACGAGUUGGUGAGAACGUUGAAAUCAGUGGUUUCUUGCGACAUUGAAUGCCACUUCCACAAUGACACCGGCUGUGCCAUUGCCAACGCUUACACUGCUUUGGAGGGUGGCGCCAAGUUGAUUGAUGUUUCCGUCCUUGGUAUCGGUGAGAGAAACGGUAUCACCCCUCUUGGCGGUCUCAUGUCGAGAAUGAUUGCUGCAGACAGAGACUACGUUCUCUCCAAGUACAAAUUGCACAAGUUGAGAGAUCUCGAGAACUUGGUGGCCGAAGCUGUCCAGGUGAAUAUCCCGUUCAACAACCCAAUCACCGGCUUCUGUGCCUUCACUCACAAGGCAGGUAUUCACGCCAAGGCCAUCUUGGCCAACCCUUCUACUUACGAGAUUUUAAGUCCAUCUGAUUUCGGUCUCACUAGAUAUAUCCAUUUCGCCAACAGACUAACGGGCUGGAACGCCAUCAAGUCUAGAGUUGAUCAGUUGAACUUGCAUUUGACCGAUGAACAGUGCAAGGAAGUUACAAACAAGAUCAAGAAGUUGGGUGACGUUAGACAAUUGAACAUCGACGACGUGGACUCCAUCAUCAAGGAUUUCCACGCUGAUCUCUCGGUUCCAGGUUCUCCCAUGCCAGCCAAUGGGAGCAGCCCAGAGACCAAGAAACAAAAAACACACUAA